GACAACAUACCUUCAUCUGAAAUAAUGGCUGGUCUUAUCUAAAAUAUUAAUUCAAAAAGAUGCCAUAUUUUACAUAAAGUUUUUUUUGCAUGCAAUACCCCUUUGCAUAAUAAAGCAUUUUCAUUGAGUUUAUGUUGCUGCCUCCGAGGAAUGUCCUCAAAUCACACCAACGCACAUUUGACAUUGAGGUUUAGCUUCAGAAGAAACAUUACAGUAACAGAGUUCAUCAAUAUAGUGUUUAGCAUCAUCUGCAUAUACCUAGAGCUAAAUUAAAAUAACUAAUAUCCCAAACACCACUAUGAAAGUGCUUUUCAGUGUUUAGUUUUCUCUAAAUCAUUAAGUGUGGUUUUAUUGUGAGGUUUUGAUUGGUGUUUGUAUGGAAUUGCCUCCUUUUAGCCCAUUUGCAUUGCCCAAACCAAAGGCAAUUUCCAUGACAUUUACACAUGAAUCCCAAAGAGUCAUUCACCUAUAUGCAUAAAACUGUGAAACAUUCAAAUGAACACACAUUUGUGGGGACAGAUGAAAAUUUGUAUGAAGUUCAACUGUUUUUAGGUUUGUGUUAAAAUACUUUGUGGAUUAGCCAUUUUCUGAAGUACCAUGAAUAAAAUAUAACUUUUGUCAUGCUGCUUGCUCUAGAAUAUUCGAAGAGAGUCUACCAAGGUGUACGAGUGAAGCACACAGUGAAAGACCUGCUGGCGGAGAAACGGUCCCGGCAGACAAACGGCCCGAGAUACAGCGGAGGAACAACCACACCGCCUUCAUUUGUUCAGAUGCCAGGUUCUCACAUGUUGCCUGGUUACUACAGCAUGAGGCGUCCCUUCAUCUCUGACUCAGACUUCUGCACAUCCACCAAACAGUUCUCCUCGGACAUGUAUUCCUCCACGUUGGCGGGGAAGCCUCUGGGCUGUGAACCCUCCACAGUGUCCAGCUACUCCUCCCUGAUUGACAGCUAUUACCCAGAGACCUUUGGUGAUUACCGCAGCACCAGUGCCUUCUCCAGCUCUGGUGGAUCCUUCCUGCCCUCUUCAACCCUCUCAUCCCUCCUGCCUCCUUUCCCUGGAGAAUCAUCUCAUCUGUUUCUGAGAGAUUCCUGGGACCCGUCCAUUCCAGAGCCAGUGAUUCAGGUGGAUCCUCUCUGUUCAGACAGCUUGGCCUCCGUCUCUGUCCCAUCCUCCAUGCCCAGCCCAGAUCCUCCGGAAAGCCCGUCCCAGUAUCGCCCCUCCAGUCGAGGUUCCUCCAUGGGCCCCACAUCCAGCAGCUACACCCUGCACCCCCUGGAGGACGCCCACUAUCACUCCCUGAGCACCAGCGGCUCAUAUCCGGCCCCCUUCCCCUGCCCGCCUUACAUGAGCAGCUCCGUCACUGACCUGGUGUCUAAGAUGGUGACAGAGGAUGCGGCUGAGAGUCACGGCAGCCUGGCUUCAAACAGUGAGGCUCAGUCAUCCUGGGUCAAAGAGGACAGCGUCAGUGCCUGGUCUCCCUAUGAGGUCAGGAGGGGCUUCUGACCAGAUGAAGGGUCAGUCUGAGAACCGAUAAGGCGAUCGAGGGACGCCCACAGACAGCUGCUGACGAACGCUUCGGGACAUUAACAACACUUACAGAGUGGACGGGUUCGACUCACUCACACAGACAGGAACCAUCUCCACCAGUCCAGCAGCAGGUUUUCUAGAAUAUGUUUAUUCUGAUAAACAACCACAACUCAUCUUAUUUCAACUGUUAUUUUCUCCAAAAAAACAAUAUCAUGUAAAAAUGUGAAACGGCAAGAAAUUAAAUAUAAAAUUUACUAUAACAGUUAUGUAACC